UCUCUCAACAGCGAGCAGUAUUUGAACUGGUGUGAUAGUUCUGUCAGUUUUAAUGUCAUUUUCCAGUGUUUCUAAAGAGACACUGUUAGGAUCUGCUACACUAGGAUUUAUAUUCAUAACUGCUUAUUACACCGGAAAGUGUAGUAGUAGACUGGGCAGUAUGACUUUAUUUAAGAGCCACGGUGGAAGGAAGGACGACCCAGUGAUGCAGUACGUCCUCAACAACUCACUGAGAGAACAUCCUGCUCUGAAGAAACUCAGACUUAAAACACUGGAACAUCGAUGGAACUUAAUGAUGGUGGCGUGUGAACAGUCUCAGUUCAUGGCAAACAUGGCAAGACUCAUCAAAGCCAAGAAAGCCAUCGAGAUCGGAGUGUAUACAGGGUACAAUGCCCUCAGUAUUGCCCUGGCACUACCUGAUGAUGGAAAAGUCAUAGGCUGUGAUGUGAGUGAAGAUUACACAAACAUGGGUAAACCCUUCUGGAAAGAAGCCGGUGUGGAUCACAAAAUAGACCUGCGCUUACAGCCAGCACUGCAAACUCUAGAUGAGCUGUUAGCUGCAGGUGAAGCUGAAACGUUUGACUUUGUGUUUAUCGAUGCUGAUAAGCAGAACUAUGAUAACUACUAUGAGAAAUCACUGCAGCUGCUGAGAAGAGGCGGAAUCAUCGCUAUCGACAAUGUGCUGUGGAGUGGGAAGGUGGUGAACCCUGCAGACGACGACUUGGACACUCAGAGCAUCGACAGACUGAAUAAGAAGCUGCACAGAGACGUGAGGGUGAAUCUGAGCAUGCUCACUGUGGGCGAUGGAUUAACGUUAGCAUUCAAACUGUGAAAGCCAAUCAGGUACAGAUGUACCGCAUGCUUUAUUCCAGAAAGUGCCAUUUAAUUCACAUGUCGUAAACAGGGUAGGGGCGCAGGGUGUGCUCAUACUGGGAUCCUUUUACAUGGAAAAACUCGGACCUACUGUUACAUUAGAGACCAUGUAAACCAGGGUUGUUCAAAUGGGUCGCAAAGAAAUAAUAAUUAAAGAAACUUGUACCCGAAUGCCCCUUUGUCGAGGCUUUAUGUUACAUGUAAAUCACAAUGAGACUCGGGUAUUUCUAAUGAAGUGUAAACCACUGAAGGUCCAAUACUUUUUAAUGUCUGCUGUUAAAAUAAAUAAAUCAUGUUGUAUUAUUUCUGA